GGACAGCACUGAGCAGUUUAGAGAGAAACUCACAAUGACUAAAGCAGAAGAGAAUGAAGGAAGAUACAGGUUGGACAGGUUCGGCCAGUGGGCUGGUAUUCUGAACACUCAAGACCAGUGGGGUGUGGUAGGAGUUUGGGUUCUAAAAGGAAAUGAUAGAAACUGCGGUUGGGAGAGGAAGAAGGAAAGGUGCUGUAGUUAGUGCCAUCGAUACAGUUGAAUUUUUCAGAGAUUAAAGGAGGAGACGGAUACAUCCAAGUGUGAACUCGUGAGGUGAAGUGGAUUCUAUAAGUAGACCCUGAGGUGGACUGAUGUAAACUGACCUCAUUCUCCUGAACCAGAGAGAGAUCCUGGGCAACUGAGACACCGCAGAAAGAGGAGGAGGUAGAGGAGGACCAGAGAUGGCUGAAGCAGCAAAGAUUGAACUUUUUGUCAAGGCAAGCGAUGAUGGUGAAAGUGUUGGUAACUGCCCUUUUUGUCAGCGGCUCUUCAUGAUACUCUGGCUGAAGGGGGUCAAUUUCACCCUCACCACAGUGGACAUGAAGAGAGCUCCAGAGGUAUUAAAGGACCUGGCUCCAGGUUCUCAGCCCCCUUUCCUCAUCUAUAAUGGAGAGGUCCGUACUGACACCAACAAGAUCGAAGAGUUUCUGGAAGAGACCCUUGCUCCCCCACACUAUCCCAAGUUAUGCUGCCGCUAUAAGGAGUCUAACAUGGCUGGAGAUGACAUCUUUCACAAAUUCUCGGCUUACAUUAAAAAUCCCAAUCCUGGACUCAAUGACAUGCUGGAGAAGAAAUUUCUAAGGAGUUUGAUGAAGUUGGAUCAGUACCUGUUGACUCCCCUUCCUUAUGAAUUGGACCAGAAUCCAGAUUCAGCCCAAUCCACAAGGCAUUACCUGGACGGAAAUUCACUCUGUCUUGCUGACUGCAACCUGCUUCCAAAAUUGCACAUUGUCAAGGUAGUUUGCAAGAAGUACCGUGGUUUUGAGAUCCCUAGAGAGCUUAAAGGCCUGACAAAGUACUUGGACAAAGCAUACAAGGAAGAUGUGUUCCACCUCACCUGCCCCAAAGACAAGGAGAUCCUGCUUGCCUACCAUUCAGUGGCCAAAUAUCUCAACAAGUAGAACUGGACUUCUAAAGGGGAGGAGGACAAAAGAUUGUGUGGAAUUUAUUGUAAAUUUGUUUUAUAUAUAUGUUAAAUGCCCCAAAACUGCCUUUGUAUUCAAUUGUAUUCUUAAUGGGAAUUUUAAAUAAUCCGAAUAUAUUGGUGGAGGUUGUUUUCGUUCAUUUUUCAUUUAAAAACCACAAUUGUGAAUAUCAGAUGCCUGCCUUGCUUGUUCCUGCCAUUUUGUUUUCAUAUUUAAAUGUCACUUUUGAGUGUGGUUUUGAUGGAUUACUUUUGUUUGAUAGCCACUCAUUUAAAAACAUCUGUGAAAGUUGUUUUUGAAGGUCAUGUGAAAUGAGACAUGUAAUUGGUCUGAAAUUCUACCCCAUGAGAAAAAAUACAAAGCACUAGACAACUUUUACAAUGAUGUUAUUGAUCUCAAACAUUAAUGUUUGUAAGGAACGUCCAGUAUGCAUAAAACGGCUUGCAAACAAAUAAAAUUCUUAUGGAAGAACA